AUUUGCAUUUAUAUGACUGUGAAAUAUAUUGUUUAUUUUUAAAGCAUGUAGCUGUAUUGGAUGUAGCUGAAGAAGCAGGGAUUGCUUUACAAAAUGAGUUAAACAUAAAGUACAAUGGAAAUAAAGUAUCUUUCAUAAAAUGUGACGUCACUGAUAAAUAAAUGUUAUUAGAGGCAUUUAAAAUAAUAAAAGAAAAUAAUGGAUAUAUCGAUGUUGUUGUGAAUAGUGCUGGCAUUUUAGACGAUACUCCAGAGUCAUAUGAGAUGGCAAUAAAUAUUAACGCGACAUCUCUUAUUACAAGUUCAUUACAUGCAUGGAACAUUAUGCAUAAAGAGAAAGAUGGAUUAGGUGGUACCAUCAUCAACUUCAGCUCAGUUGCAGCUAUAUCUAAACUUUUAUACGUUCCAGUUUACAGUGCUACCAAAAGCGCUGUAUUAAAAUUCAGUACCUCCUUAGGUGAUAACAUACAUUAUUCAAAAAGUGGAGUUCGGGUGAUAACAAUGUGUUUUGGCGUGACUGAUACGCCUAUAAUUAGAAACACAGCGAAAGUUUUUGAUAAGAGUCUUACAGCACAAAGCCUAGAUAAGUUCAAGUUACAAAGCCCUAAAUCAGCAGCUAAAGCAGUCAUAGAAGCGUACAAGCAAGGCGCAAGCGGCAGCGUCUGGAUAUCUACAAGUGACAAACCGGCCUUCAAUAUUACCAAUGUUCAUAAUAAAAGCAUUGAGUUAUUUAAUGAUUAUGUUUACAACUAAAGGGCUGUAAUUUACGGAUUGUUGUCUAUCACUGCAUAUAAUUAGACAAUCAUCCGUAAUCCAUUCCAUCCAUUUUGUAUUGUUAACAACAUACGUCAUACCUACCUAUGUUUUUUCAGUGUUUUCGUUUUAUUGUUUAUGUUUUUUGCAAGAAACUUUUUUUGGCAGAAAACGAAAAUAACUGAAACCCAAUACAUUAUUUUAUGUGUCCGUUAUAAUUGUGUAACUUUGAUAUUACAGCAUUCAUUAUUGAGAUGUGAUUGAACUAAAAUACAUUUCAAAACUAAUAGAACACGAGUAGUUACUUCAACUACUUAAUAAAGAAGUAAAAUAGAAGUACUUAAGUCUUUGCAAUAAUUAAUCUUUUGUAUUGUUAAUGUUGUUAAGUGUCCGUUAUAAUUGUGUAACUUUGAUAUUGCUAAAGCAUUCAUUAUUGAGAUGUGAUUG